AUGCCCCCUCGGCAGCGACUCAGCGAGACAGUCUUUUUUUUUGUUUUCAAUUCUUUUUUCGUGUGUUGGAUCCUCUCAAUAAGAUCCUUCUUGCAGCCAAACAACCCGUCCUCCUCCGUCCUCUCCCCUUCCAACCCCUCCUCACUCCAACAUCACAUCACCACCAACAACACCACAACACCACAACAACACCACCACCAACAACAACAACACCACAACACCAACAAUAAAAACAACGAACAACAACAACAACAACAACAACAACAACAACAACAACAACAACAACAACAACAACAACAACAACAACAACAACAACAACAACAACAACAACAACAACAACAACAACAACAACAACAACAACAACAACAACAACAACAACAACAACAACAACACUACCACUACUACCGCUAUUACAACCAUGGACCCCAUCUCCCACCACCUCAACCACUGGGCUACCACAGCGCCCGCACCACCCUCGCCAGCUUCCUCUCUCUCUUUGGCACCAUUUCCCGCGCCCUCGCCAACCUCUCCCACUCCAACUUGGGCCUCGGUGCCAGUCUCGGUCUCGGCAGCAGCAGCAGCAGCGGUAGCAGCGGCAGCAGACUCCAGGCACAGGAUCUUCUCCUCCUGCUGUGGGCUCUCCUCCGUCUGCUCCGCCACCAUCUGCUCCGUCGUCUGCUCCGUCGUCUGGUGAGUUAUUUGCCUGUGGGCUAUCUGCCCGCUGACUUCGUGGGCUUCUUUGGGCGCGUGCGGCCUGCUCUUGAGCUGCCUGGUUGGCUUCGCCAACUGGCCUCUGCGCCGCCGCUGCUGCUGCCGUCUGCUGCUGGUCACCCGUUCGCCUUGCCGCCGCCGCCCCUGUCUGCUGCCCUGCCAUUUGGGCCGUCCUCGUCUGUCCUGCCGUCUGCCCCGUCAUUUGGGCUGCCUGGUCUGCCGACAAGCACGCCCUGGCAUCUUGCCAACUAUCGCCAAGGCCUCCCUCUGCCUCUGCCGUAUUUCCAGGGGCAGGGUCUUCCACUUGGGCAGCCGAAUGGAUAUUACCCUCCUGCUACUGCUGCUGCUAUGUCGGUUCCGUCUGUCCCGCCGCCUGGGCAGGUAUAUGGGCAGCCGACUGGAUAUUAUCCUCCUCCUCCUCCUCCUCCUGCUGCUGCUGUCCCGCCUGCUCCUUCUCUCCCGCCGUCUGCCCCGCCGUCUGGACAGCUCUAUGGGCAGCUCCCUGGAACGCUAGCUCCGCGUGCUCCCUUUGCUCCGAUGUCUGUCCCUCCUGCUGCUCCGACAUCUGGCCCGCCUGCUGUGCCAGCCCAAACGCCCGCGCUUCACCACCUUCGCCAGCUCCGCCAGCAACACCAACUCCAGCAGUCACAGUCUGGGUCUGAAAGCGGAGGCGGAGAAGGAGGAGGAGGUACUCCUCGUUAA